CUCUAUAUAUAUAUAUAUCAUCCUCUAACAGCUUAAAUUUUUAGAAUAAGCAGUAGUAGUUUUCUUCCGCGCAGGUGACCUGCAUGAAAAACGGCCGCCGCGACGACAUGCACCAGAAGUGGCGGUGGCAGCCCAAUGAUUGCUCCUUACCAAAGUUUAAUGCGAGAUUGUUGUUGGAGAGGCUAAGGGGGAAGAGAUUAAUGUUUGUGGGGGAUUCGCUAAAUAGGAAUCAAUGGGAGAGCAUGGUGUGUCUACUACAAUCCGAGUUAUCUCCCGAGGAAAGAGGGGUUACUCGGAAUGGCUCAUCAAUCAUCUUUCGCGCCGAGGAGUACAAUGCGACGGUGGAGUUCUACUGGGCGCCGUUCCUGGUCGAGUCGAACUCGGACGAUCCGAAUAUUCAUUCGAUCCAGCACCGGAUCAUCAAGCCCGAGUCGAUCGCCGGCCACGCCGCGCACUGGAAGGGGGCCGAGUAUCUCGUGUUCAACACCUACAUUUGGUGGAUGAACACUCUCCAUAUGAAAGUGAGGAGGCCGACGGCCACUGAUUGGUCGGAGCACGAUGAGGUCGUGAGGGCGGAGGCGUAUGCGAGAGUUCUGCGGACAUGGUCGAAUUGGGUGACUGAAAACGUGGAUCCGACGCGGACGUUAGUGUUCUUCAUGAGCAUUUCCCCUCUUCAUCUCAGUCCUAAAGAUUGGGGGAACCCAAAUGGGAUCAAAUGUGCGAAUGAGACCCUUCCGGUGCUAGACUAUCAAACACCACUGUACAUUGGGCUCGACCGGCAGAUGUUCGACCUGGCGGAGAACGCGACGCGGUCGCUGGCGCCGCGAAUCCCCGCCGCCUUCGUCGACAUCACCACCAUGUCGAUGUACCGCAAGGACGCGCACACGUCGGUCUACACUGUCCGGCAGGGCAAAGUGCUGACCGCAGAGCAGCAUGCUGACCCCUUGACUUACGCCGACUGCAUCCACUGGUGCCUCCCGGGCCUGCCGGACACCUGGAAUCUCAUUCUCUACUCGAAGAUCAUGUCUAAGCCCCUGCGAUAGCGGCUCCUCCGAUUUUCCUUAUUUUCUUAAAAAAGAAAAAUGCUAUCUGUACACCUCUAUGUAGGCGUAAAUCUUAUGCGUAGAGGAAAAGAAAAAAGAAAAAAGAAAAAAAAAAGUUGGGUAUCUUACACCUAGGGCUUACGGGUAACACUGCUCUUUUUGAAUUGGUCAUUGGGAAUUUUUGCAGAAAGAGCCACUUCUUUUAUGAUUUUAAAUUUCAAACCAUACAUUUACAAAAGAAAAAGGGAUGAAAUGGCAAAGUCAGGAAGAAAGUGGACAAUUUCUGCAAAAAGACCAUUGAUUUCUUUUAGCAGUUUUUUUUUUUUUAUUCUCUUUCUAGGUUAAAUUUUGGGUGAGUGUGAGUGGGUUGAAAAGAUGGCAACAAAAGGAUUUAUUUUUGAUUUGGUGAGUUGUACUAUGAUUGAACAUUGAACUGUACAGUAAUAAUUCAGUUAAAAAUUAUUUUUUUUCCCAAAAAGAAAUUUGAUAAAUGAGGGGAAAAAAAGAGCAA